CCGACUGGCCCCUGGACAUGACUACUUGUCGCUUCGUGCCGGACGAGGAUCCCGACAAGGAUCGAAUCUAUGAUUGUCUCACCGAGGCGGCGCCCAAGAUCGGCAAUACGCCCUGGUCUGUUCGGGGGUUCUUUGGGGAGCAUAACGGGGAGCUCAUCACCUCUUUGGGGGUCGUUUGGGGGAGGGGGUGA